AUGACGACCACCCACCCGAAAACCUACAAGGCAUACGCCUUCUUUGAGAAGGAUGGUCCUCUCAAGCCCAUCGUACUCGACUGGAAGGACCCGGCACCCGGAGAGGUCGUAAUAAAGGUUCUUGCAUGCGGAGUCUGCGCCAGUGAUGAAGCGGUGAAGGGCAAUUUCUUCCAGAACCAGGUGUACCCGCGAGUGCCCGGCCACGAAGUUGUCGGCGAUGUGGUGGCGGUCGCCGAAGGCGAGCAGCUCUGGAAGGUCGGCGACCGCGUCGGCGCAGGCUGGCACGGCGGCCACUGCAACUCCUGCAAACGCUGCCGCGUCGGGGACUUCGUGACAUGCCCGACCGGUGCUAGCUGCCCAACAGCUGACAAAUUCUUCACUCCAGGCGUUGGCAGGGAUGGUGGCUACGCAGAGUACACCACGCUGAGGUCCGAGUCGCUCGCUGGCCUCCCGAAGGACCUGGACCCUGCCGAAAUAGCACCUCACUUGUGCGCUGGUGUGACAACAUUCAACGCUCUCCGACACAUGCAAAGCAGAGCCCCCGACAUCGUCGCCGUCCAAGGCAUCGGAGGCCUCGGCCACCUCGCCAUCCAGUUCGCGCGCAAGAUGGGCUUCCGCACCAUCGCGCUCUCGACGGGCACGAGCAAGAAGGAGUUGGCGCUCUCGCUCGGCGCGCACGAUUUCAUCGCGGGCACGGCGGCUGAGCAGGCGGCGGCUCUGCAGAAGCUCGGCGGCGCACGGCUCAUCAUGUGCACCGCGCCCGACGCGCAGGCCAUGAGCACGCUCAUCGGCGGGCUCGACUACGAGGGCGAGCUCCUCGUCGUGGCCGUCUCGGGAGAGGCAGUCGCUGUGCCGAUCCCACCCCUCCUGACCAAGCGCGUGGUUGUCCGUGGGUGGCCAUACGGUACCGGGGCGGACUGCGAGGAUACCGUCCAGUUCGCGCGGGCCCACGACGUCAAGGUCAUGGUGGAGAAGUUUGCUCUCGACCAGGCGCAGGAUGCCUUCGACCACCGUGCUACCGCUCGGUUCCGUGCUGUCAUCGUCCCAUGA